GCGAGAGGAAACUGAAAAUGGCGGCCAUUGAUGGAUCGGAGCCGUCGUUGCGUUUGUAAAGCGGCAGAUAUUCAACCUUUGCUCUGUUUAAACUCGCACACCGAUGUCUCGAAGUGGACGUGUCGAACCUUGUGGACGACUUAUUUCACCAGGCGGCGAACAUUGGGCGAGCUGAAGGUUUGUUUCUGGAUACGAUCCACCCUGGAGCCGUUUCCACACUGCUGUCUUUCUUAGGAUCAGAUAUCCGCCCUCUCACUGGCCGAUGUACUUGGCUCCGACAUCAUCCUUCAGAAGGAGGCCGCCCGUAUCAGCUUCCCCCGUUAGCAUGAAACAGAUUACUAGAAGCCCUCCACCUCGCCUCUCGCCAUCCUUGUCUCCAUCAUCGCCAUCAUCAGAGCCUUCUUCGCCGCUGUCAACAUCCUCCUCCGUCAACACCAACCCCUCUCAGAGCCAUGUCAAGCAGUCCACAGGUGCCACCAGGGUCUCCUCCACCUCUGCCUCACGAGCAAUGACUCAACCCAACGCCUCCACUGAAUCUUUCCGUCAAUCACGUGUUAAAUGUGAAGACAGGGAAAGUGAGAUAUAUGAUCCCUUCCACCCAACUGAUGGAGAUAAAGAGGGCAAGAGUGAUGGCAUUCAAGACGAAGGGGAGAAAUAUGACCCAUUUGAUCCCACUGGUUCUCCGGCGUCAGAGGAGGACGCUGUUGUGAAGGAGGAGGAGGAGGAUAAAACAGAAGAGAUGGAAACAUAUGAGGCGAAGGAGGAAGAGCCUCCAGAUUCAACCGACAACUUCACUGAGCUUCCCAGCCCUCGUGCGGCCGAGAUUUCCAUCCGGAGGAGGGUCGACUGUACGAUGAAGGCCAGACCGCACAGAGACAGUGCUGACUCUGAAAACUCUGAAAUCGAGGAGGGUGAAAUAGUGGGAGUUCUUGAUAGAGGUGGGAAUAAGAAAAGAUCAACUGGAGAUCAUUUCUCGUUGAGUUCUCCCACCUUAACCUUCUUCGAUUCAAAGCCUGAGCGGAUUCUCCGGGUCCUGGAUGGCGAUAGCUUUGUGUCUGUUUGUGCUGAGGGGACCUGGGAGGUGGAACAAGGCCCUGAAGAUGAGCCCUUGGUGGGCAUGGAGGAUCUCAGAAGAAAGCUUGUCAGCAGGCGAAAGGAAAGGUACCUCUCCUUCCCCAGGUCUUCCUCCCACUCUCCUCAGCAGCAGCAGCAGCAGCAGCCGCCUGCUACGCUUUCAGUAGCCUCGCCAGUUUCCCCCCCACCCCCUGCAGAGCAUAGCAGCAAGAGUCACAAGUCCUCAAAGAGCUCCAAAGACAGGGAAGGACAGAAGAGCAAGGAUAGGAAGGCCGGAGAGAAAGAGGAGAGAAGGAAAAAGAAAAGAAAGGAGAAAGAUGGCGAGAGGGGCAAAGAUAAGGAACAGAGACACAAGAAUAGUAAAGGCAGCAAAAGUAGGAGAAGCAGCAGGAGCAGCAGUCAGAAGCGGAAGAAAAGACAGCACAAUAGUCCCGACGCCUCGCAAUCGCACCAAACCUCCAGAGGAGGGGGUCAAAGUCGACGCUCAAGCUUAUCUGAGGAGCGACACAAAGAGAGGGAGAGAGAGAGGGAGAGGGAUAGUGGCAGGGACAGAAGGAGAGAUGAGGACCAAGAGAAACGAGGUGAACGGGACAGGGAUCGUGGGAGGGAUCAGCACCACAAUGAUAGUCGUGGGAGAGAGCAACACAAAAGUGACAGUCGUGGUAGAGACCAACAUCACAGUGAAAGUCGGGCCAGAGAUCAACAUCACAGCGAAAGUCGGGCGAGAGAUCAGCACCACAGUGAUAGUCAUAGAAGAAACCACAGUGAAAGUCGGAGAAGAGACGAGCGAUAUGAAGGGAGUAGAAGGGUUGAGCGGGAUAGGAGUCACCGACGGCAGUCGGGCAGCAGAGAGCGGGACAUGUCCAAGAGGUCGGGCAGAAGCCGAGAAAGACGUGUGGACGACAGGGAUAGACACCAUGAGAGGGAGCGUCGUAGAGAUGGCCGUCCUGUCGUCCCACCAUCCAUACAAGACCUCAAUGGUUCCGAUCUGUUUGCCAUCAAGCGGACCAUAACUGUUACAACCACAACGACAACCACCACCGUACCCGGCUCCCCGAGACUAGGCCCAGCCUCCCCUGGACGGACUGCGCAGGAGUUGGACAAACCACACAAGAGAAAGAAGAAGCGGAAAUGGCGCUCGGGUGGAGACGAGGACGAACGGCGAAGCUGUCGGAGCAGAUCGCAAUCGUUGUCACCGCCGCGGUACCACAGCUAUGAUUCAGAUCGCUACUCUGAAAAACUGGAGGUAGAUAUGUUGUCGUUGGACGGUGAAGCUUUGGACUCAGACUAUCCUUCUUUGGAGGAUACGCCUCCUGCAGUUCAGCCACCUGAACCGCCCAUUCCUAGCCCGAAACCUAAAGUCACACCGAAGACUGGGCGGGCUCGCCCAAAAAAGAAGCUCAAGAAGUCGGGCCAGUCGGAGUCGUCGUCGUCCUCUUCAAACAGAACCAAAAUGAAAGGUCUCUCCUCCAUCUCAGCCUCCUCAGACUCUGCUGCGGUGUCGUCUGGUGUUCCCUCGGCAAAACGAGCCAGAAAGGUGGGCAAAACCAAAGAGUGGGACAAAGGUGUCAGAAAGGAACUGGGCCGCGCAAAUAAAUCCAAGAAAGAAGGAGGGAGCAGUCGCAAAGGCAAACUUCAGUCCAAGGUGUCUGUGUUGGUGCGUGAAGGAGUGAGUAGCACGACGGGGGCUUCGGUUGGUUCUGGGAAGCUGGGCAUGGACCUCUUGGGAGCCAGUGCUGCAGGCAGUGGUCCUGGGGCUAAUGUUGUGGGAGGGUCCAUCGCAGUGGUUUUCUGCAGAGACAAUGAGAGCCGGUCACCAUUUCUGAAGCCUUGUUCUGAGCCCCUGGGGGUCCGGAGUAAAGACCUGUCCGGCAUGGGAAAGAGAAACAGCCUGGCUGCCCCGCCCUCCUCACUAACUGCUACCACUGGCCUUAAAUCAAAGAAAACCAAGACUAGUUCCAUCACAUCCACGUCGUCCUCUGCCUCGUCGCCCUCUUCGUCAUUAGCCACUAAACGCCGUCGUCGCCUGGCAAAGAAAAGUCGGGACAAGGCCGGUGCCCCAGGGUUGAAGGUCAGCGACGGUGGUCAAUCAAAAACCACACCCGAGACCUGGGCCACAGGCUCCCUGGAGGCGUCUGCUGUCGGGGACGGGAGCAAGUCCCUCAGUCCGCAUGCAGGCCAAGCAGGCCCUCCACCUUGCUCCUCCUCAUCCUCUUCAUCUUCCUUUGCGGGUGGACUUCCCCCUUCGUCCUCCCCGCCUCACACACCUCCCCCCACGAUGGCUCCUUUGAGAGACAACAGGGACUCUUCGCCAGACUCGCAGACGGUUGACAGCAGCUGUAAGACUCCCGAGCCCUCUUUCUUAGGUGAGGACUGUCCGUCUCAGACCAGCCCUGCGCUCCCACCCUCCAGUCCAUCCAGCGCUUCCCUCCCUCAAGGGGCUGGACUCUCUAUCGGGUUAUCGACGCCCUCUGCCCCAGAUGACACGCCCAAAUCUAUGGCUUCACCUCCUUCCUCGUCGGUUGGGUGCAGCCUUUCUUUGCCUUUGUCCUCGUCCGACCCCUCGUCUUCUUCGGUGUCCUCAUCAUCAGCUGGCAAGCCUCCACCACCCCCUCCUCCUCUCCCUCCAGCAGUUCCUGCGCUGCCCUGGAGUCUGCAGACCGGUGUGGACUGCACGACGGGAGGAGUUUUAGCUUUGACUGCCUUGCUGUUCAAAAUGGAGGAGGCAAACAUCGCCAGCAGAGCAAAAGCCCAAGAAUUCAUCCAAGCCACCAGCCAGAUCCUGUCCCAGGCAAACCAGAAUCAGACCCAACAGCAUGUUGCUCCGCCGUCCACCUCGUCCUCAUCCUCCUCCUCGCAGAUCCCUCCGCCUCCGUCGCUGCCACCCCCACCGGGACUGAGCCCAGCGCAGUUCAUCCUCCACAGCUCCCUCCCUUUGGUGGGCUGCACCAAGACGCCGCCCUCUCACCUGCACCCAGCGAUGGGUGGCGGAUGCGCUCAGACCCCGCCCCCCAUUGCGGGGGUAACGGGGAGCUCCGGAGACUCCGGUUGGGAUAAUGAGAGCAAAGAUCCUGACAAGUACCUGAAGAAGCUGCACACGCAGGAACGGGCAGUGGAGGAGGUCAAGCUCGCCAUCAAGCCGUACUAUCAGCGCAAAGACAUCAACAAGGACGAAUACAAAGAUAUCCUCAGGAAAGCUGUGCAUAAGAUCUGCCAUAGCCGCACAGGAGAGAUCAACCCGGUCAAAGUCAGCAACCUAGUGAAGCUCUACGUCCAGCGCUACAAAUACUUUCGGAAACACGGCCGCAAAAUGGACGAGGAGGACCGCGACGACCGGGAGCAGGGAGCGCUGCACUCCUCCGCCUAAUGGAGACUGAAAGACAUUCUCCCCAACCGCCUUCUGCUCACUAUGUGGCCAUCACAGAGGAGUUUUUCUGUUUUUCUCACUGUCCUAAAUUUUUAUGUUUUUUUAUAUCUGUGGUUUCGCUGUAAAUAUGUCAUACUAAAAAUGUAUCAUAUAUAGAAGAUGGAUGUUCUUGUCAGCUUUUCUGUGAGACAAGGUUGCAAUAAGUACAGAUAUGAUGCUCAUGAUCAUGUUUUCACGAUGGUGCAGUUCAACUGCAGAGCAUUGGUUGGCUUGCGAUUCAUCUCAUCCGUCUCCCGUGGCAAUCUGAGCAGAGCGGAGAUGAAAAUCUGCUCAUAUGCUCUGAACUAUGCUGUACAUGAUGGAAGGACACUACACCACAUUUCGCCUCUGCAGACAGUCGCUGCAGUCAGAGACGGCAGCCGAAAGAUGCUGCUCGGAUGAUGUUUUGUGUGCAUGUGAAACUGAGGUUGAGAAUGUUGCUGAAAAAUCUCUUUAUAAGAUGACUUGACUAGCGGUAUAAAUGUUGCUUCCACAAUAAAAAUGAGCAUAUUUAUUGUCUCUG